AUGCAGGUCAUCGACGUCCUCCUCGACACGGGGUCUUUUGAGCUCUUUGUCAACCCGGUCUGCGCCAACUCUGACGUGCCGGACCUGUGUAAAUCCUUUGGCUCCUACAACAGCUCCGCCUCGCCACAUGCCGCGCCCUUGAACAAGACAUUCUCCAUCCAGUAUGGAGGUGGUGCUGCGAGUGGAGAGUAUUACAAGGACAACAUUAGCUUGAUUCCCGGCACGACCCUGAGCCAGCAGCAGUUUGGCGUGGCCAACGCCUCCCAGCAUGUCUGGUUUGGCAUCAUGGGUCUUGGUCAAGGCCGGGCGAACAACUACCUCAAGUACCCGCUGAUCGUGGAUAGCCUCAAGACUCAAGGCUUCACGGAAAGCAGGCUGUUCAGUCUCGAGCUUGGGCCCCAGCCGCCUAUGUCGAAUCCUAUCCAAUACUCUGGCGAGAUUGUAUUUGGCGGACUCGACAGAAAUAAAUUCGCCGGUCACCUGCAGAAGGUACCGACAAACCCGACUCAAGUGUACUACGCCAUCAAACUCACCUCUCUCGUCAACAAUCCGGCCAGCGGCGUCUCUCAGCCCGUCACCCGGCAGGCCAACGCCCAGUUCCCCAUUGACGUGAUUGUCGACUCUGGCACUACUCUGUCCAUUCUGCCGCGGUCCCUUGUCGAGUCUCUUGCUGCCAAGUUCCCAGGCGCCGUCUACGAUGGCAGCGGCGGGUACACGGUGCCCUGCAGUUACCGCAACCAGCGAGGCAGUGUGACUUUUGGCUUUGGCACAUACGCGACAAUCUCUGUGUCGUACAACGACUUCAUCUGGCUCUCGGGCAACACGUGCUAUCUCGGGGCCUCGUGGAGCGCUUCCUUGGGCCUCAACAUCCUCGGCUCGAGCUUUCUCAGGGGCACAUAUGUCGUGUUCGACCAGGACAACAACGCUCUGUACAUGGCGCCCUACCAGAGCUGCGGGGGCGGUGACUCGAACCUGGUCGCUGUGCCCGAGGGCGUCGAUGCUGCUGCCGGCAUCGUCGGCGCCUGCCAGCCGGCGAUUGUUUCGUCGAGCACGACAACCACGACUUCCACGACGACUGCGCGGACCACCACUAGCACUCUGAACACCUUUGUCUCGACGACACGCACCCCGACGGCCACUGGCACAGCAGGCAACGGCGGCAUCACCGCGGCCCCCGUCGUCACCACCACCAUCACCACCACAAUCACCAGGCCCGUGGCACACACCAUCACCGCGUGUCCCGCCCAGCGCACUGCGCCGUGCGCCCUCGGCGCCGUCGCCACGACAUUCACAAUCUAUGUGGCCACGAUCUGUCUCGCGGACCAGGGCAACGGGGUCUUUGUCGAGAUCCCCGCGCAGACUGCCGCCGCGAUAUCACCCGUCGUGGCUCCAAUCACCCUCACCCUCCCCGCGGCCGGCAGACCGACGACUUGCACCGACGACGGACAGGACACGACCAUCACUCUGCGUCCCAUCACUGCUGCUGCCACUACCAGCACCACGACUUGUACAGACGACGACGACGAGCAGGACACAACAAUCACCCUCAGACCCAUCACCGCCGCCGCCACGACAAGCUGCAGCGAGGACGAGGACGAUCAAGACUCCCUCCCAACCCUGACACGAAUCACCGCCGCCGCCACAACCCUGACCGACUGCCCAGAGUCUACACCGACGACGGGCAUGAGCCCCGUGACCAAUGCCGUCCUGCCGUUCCACACCAAACAACACCAGCAGCAGCAGGCUUCGUGCACGACGUGCCAGACGGUCACGGCGUCGGUGCUUCCCCUCGUGGUCUCGUCCUCCGCGGCGGGCGACCGCUCCCGUCGCGGCGUGAGGCGCGAGGACGCGGGCUUUUUCAGCAAGAUCGACGUCAAGCUUGCGGCCGGGGUCGUCGUCGCGGUGCUCGGCGCCUGGUUAUAA